CUCUUCACUAAUCAACGCUCUUACUCUUAGGUGAGCAAUAUUGAAUUGAUGUCCACAGAUUUAACAUUGGAGACAUUACUAUGUUGAUUUUUGUCAUUCUUCUUCACUUUGGUCUGAAAGUUUUAAAUAUAUCUGCAGCCAUAGCAGAUUCCAUAGGGACUCACAUAUGCACAGACUUCAACAAACUAACCAACACAACCACCGUGAGAUGGGCUGUGUCUUCCACCACUCCCCUAAAUAUAUCACACUGUGAGUUAAUCUGCUCGCAAGAAGGCAGUCAAGAUCCGGCUCAAGUGAACUAUAACUUACCUUCUCAUGGCAGCCGAGAGUGUCAUAUUAGUGCAGGAGUAUGGACCAUCAGAACAACGUGUACCACAUCAACCUCCUCGAGUUAUCCAUCUCCAGAAAUCACAUUAGAUACAGACAAUGUGAGUUCAAUGCACAUCUGCUCAGAUAGCGGACUAGGAAGGAUGUCUCCGGAUGAUACAGAUAUAAACGUUUGUAUCUGGAGACCAGAGCUGAUGGUAGAUUAUGCAUCUGUCAGAUGGCAGCCCACAUUCCGAUACACUUCCACCAAAUGUGUUCUUCACCAAGAGGUCAAAGGUCAGGUUCAAAAGCAGUCGAAUCUUCCUUCUGAUGAUCUGUUGACCGUGGUCUUAGGAGAUAAUGAUCUGUCUGUAUGGGUGACAUGUCUUUCUCCACAAGGCCAGCUAGCCAGCUCAGGGGAAGCACAUUAUAGAAAAGGUGAUACAAGUGUAUGCUCGAUAGAGACCCCUUCCAACUCUCCAUCGGUCCCUGAUAUAACAGACGACAAACCCACAGUAAACACCCCUUUACAUAGCAGGAUUGGCAUCACGAACAUGGCAAUGGGUUUAUUACUUGCUGGAGCCAUCCUUAUAGCAGGCAUCAUCAUAAGCAUAGGAUUCCUUAGAUGGUUCAGAUGGCAAAGGACGAGAAGGAGAGAAAGACUUCUUCGACAUGGUGAAGCAGCAUCGGACCAAAGUGCAAUGGAUGAAUUUCAGCAGAUGAUGUGAGAUCAUAGAGUGUAGGUUGUAUCUUAUUAACUCUGCAGAAGAA